AUGCUCAGAGCCUACGCAACCCCGAAUUGCGCGGCCUGGGCGGAGCAUCUGAGCGAGUUGGCACACUCAUAUAACUCGAGCGUCCACUCGUCGACGAAGCAGACCCCGCAGUUCCUACUCAUGGGAUACAAUGUGACGCAGUUCUCCGCUCUUGGAGCUCUGGGACCGCGGCCGGUGGCGCGACCCGAGCUCCCGAGUCUACAGGCUGAGCAUUUCGUCAUGACGCUGGAGAAUUAUCGAGCCGCCGCCCGAGACGCGGUCGUCAUGGCGCAGGAAAGACAAGCGCGUGCGUACAAUAAGGGAAGGAAACCGAUGGAGGAGUAUAAGCCUGGGGAU